CACGACCCUGGGAUCAGCCGUCUUGAUUUACCUAGUAUUCUGGAUCUAUUCGGGCUAUCUGAAAUGUCCUGGACAGGCAUAUAAAUACUCUUGUUCAGCGAUUCCCAACUUUGUAAUACUUGUCAACACCAUCACAUUCUUUCCUUCCUUUCGAUUCAAGUCCUGCUGGCAGGGUUUUCUCUCGUUCUUUCUUAACUACAUUCACCCUCUUUUUCCCAUAUUCAAGAUGAAGAACUUUGCAAAUCUUCUCGGAGUGGCCGCUGUGCUGGCCCAUUCCGCUUCGGCGCACUACAUCUUCAGCAAGCUCGUGUUGAACAACGAAGUUUCCGAAGACUGGCAGUACAUUCGUCAAACUACGCGUGCGACGAACUACAUGCCUACCAAGUUCACCAACACUUUUGACAACCUGACUCCCAAUGAUGACGAUUUCCGGUGCAAUCUGGGCUCGUUCAGCAACGCUGCGAAGACUGAGGUUGCUAAUGUCGCUGCGGGUGACACUAUCGGGAUGAAGCUAUUUUACGACGCCACUAUCCAGCACCCGGGACCUGGUCAAGUCUUCAUGUCCAAGGCACCUACCGGCAAUGUCAAAGAGUACGAAGGUGAUGGAGAAUGGUUCAAGAUCUGGGAAAAGACUCUCUGUAAUGAGAGUGGUGGUCUUACUACGGAUGCUUGGUGUACCUGGGGCAUGUCGCAGCUGGAAUUCCAAAUCCCCGAGAACACCCCGCCGGGCGAAUAUCUCGUUCGUGCCGAGCAUGUUGGUCUUCACGGUGCGCAGGCCAACGAGGCCGAGUUCUUCUACAGCUGUGCUCAAAUCAAGGUCAGCGGCUCUGGUACUGGCUCUCCGAGUACCACCUACAAGAUCCCAGGUAUCUACAAUGACAACAUGACUCUGUUCAACGGGUUGAAUCUUUGGGUAGAUACAGCCCAGGAAAUUGAAGCGGAUAUCGCGCAGACUCCGAUUGGUGAAGAAGUUUGGACGGGGAGUGAUAGUGGCAGCUCCUCCUCUUCCGGCUCCUCUAUUUCCAGCUCCCCGUCGGCUACUGCGUCAGCUUCACUCGUGCCAUCCGUUAAAGCAUCAGCUUGUUCUGCCUCGACUGUCACGGUUACUGUGUACCCUUCGUCCGUCUCAUCUCCUACAGCUUAUGCUUGAGAGAAAUAGAGAUGCGGCUGUUGUGCUGGAGAAACUCGGCGAAAUUCCGUCAUUGGUUGGUGCACUAUUGAACUACAUUCAUCGUUGUUCGAUAGUUCGAAACCUUUUGCGUCUUGAACAUACAGUACUAGGGUUCUGAGGGCGCUUGCCUGUCGAGAAGCUGUCAGCAAUAUGGGGGUAUCUACUUUGGUUAAACCUACCAGCCUUGUCGAGUUUGAGGUGUACAUGAUGUAUUUAGGGAAUCAUUUAUGUUCAUUUGUAUACAGAAUUCUAUCGUGACCCUUGAUAUAAUCAUAAUUGAUAUCGAUG